GCGCCACAGCGACUGCUCCCUUCGGGUCGCGGCGGGAAGUGGCGGGCGCGCGCGCGCGGGAGGAGCAGGCCCCGCCUUACUGCUGCCUCCUGGCCGUGGCGCUGCUGUCGCCCAGGCAGGCGGUGUGGGCCUGCGCUCGGCCUCCGGCGAAGGUAACGGUGCCACUUAGCUCCGUUCCUGUGCCGGGACGCGGCGCCGUGGGCUAAAAGUAAAACGUGUCUUUGCGGCGUGAGUACCGAUAGGAGCGAGGCCUUGUGUCCCUGCUCUCUAGAGGGGGGCUGCUUGCCUGAGCACCGCGGGAAGGGCUGUGAUGAGAGCCUGGCCUGCCCGCUGUGCCGAGCUGCCCGCUGUGAACGUAUAUGCUUGGGUGCGAGGUGUUGCGCUGUGAGGGCAGUGGAGCUCUUCGCUUCGCCCAUGUGGGUGUAUUUGGAGUAACAGCGCUGCUGCUGUCCUGUUUCUGUGAAUGAAUGGCAUGUGCAGCUGAUGCACUCUUAUGAGAAUAAGUAGCUCCCUCCUGUAUUUCUUACUGCUUCAAAUCCCCUGUGGAGGUGAGAGUAAUAAAGCGGCCAAAGUGAUGUGCACCAUCCAAUGCUCCCUAAUUGUAAGCGGUGAGCGGUCAAAGGUAAGCUAAUCCCUCAGAGAAAUCUCUCAGGUAUGGAUGAGGCAAUUCCAAUAAUAAAAAGGUUAACAGCAUCUUCUUUUUCGUAGCAUGCCAUCAGAAGAUUCGUCUUUGAAUAGCAGUGUUAAGAAAAAAUACCUUGGCUGGUUUCUAAGGUUAAAAGGACAUGCAAUGGACAGUAAGACUGGAGAACCCGUGACAGAUGGAUUAGUUUCUGAAUUUCUCAGCUGGUGCUCUGUUUCCUACUUCUGCAGAAUUCCUACUACGACAGCUCUUAUUAACAUUGCUGCUAAAACUUAAAAACAUGUAGUUAGGUGCCUGCAUUUUAAUGCAUAUAAUGCUUUUAGCUGUAUCUGAGUAUUUAAAAAUUAUAGUUCAGCAGAUAUCUUAAAAAAAAAAAAGUAACUUUUUUAGUGUGUGAGCUGAAUGGUUUUUUUUAACAAGUUGGAAAGGCUACAAACUUGGACGUGAUAAAAAAAUAUGAAUCAGAUCAAAUUCUAAAUUAUUUGCUCAAUCUACACUGUGACUACUCUGUUUCUAUUAAAUAUUUGUAAAGCUAUUGGGAAUAUCCUGAAACCUGCCCUUCAAAAUAUUUGUUUACCUAAUGUAGUGAUUUUUUUUUUUGCUAAAUUGGGCUUGUUAAUUUAUAGCUAUGUAAAAUAACGCAUUUCUACCAAAUUCCUCUAAACUAAUCAUAAAUAGUCCUAGUAUUUUUAUUAUAUUUAUUAUUUUAAAUUAUAUUUAUAGUAUCUGAAGGGAAGUCUGCUCAGGUCGUAAGUAAGCUGCUAAUAAAAAUUUGACUCCUGGAAACUUUUGUUAGGAUCUAUUCAGUACAUUCUGAUCUUCACUACGACUCUACAUCUGCCACGUUUCCAAGUAUCAGAAUCAAAUGAAUUAGUGUUCUUUACUUACUUGACACAGUACAUAACUGUUUUUUAUUGUACAUGUAAUUGUAUAGGCCUGAAGUGAUAUUUUCUAUCAAUUAUUAAAUAUUCCUUCAAAAUUUAUAUACCUUAAAAUAAGGAAAAAUCUGAAUAUAAUUUUUGGCAACAUUUAGAAUCAUAGUUACUGUGUAAACCACACCAUUUAAAGUAAAAAAUGUCAGAAAGACCUCAAAUUCAUAUUUUUGUUGGAGCACCCAGUAUUCCAAGCCUGCUGGAGGUGUCAGAACAAAGUGGUUCAAUACCUACUGUUGAAAGGUGGAAGGAACUCCACUGUUCCUAUGAUAUACAUAGUCUUUUUUCUGGAGAAAACAAAGGUACUGACCAUUUAGUGUUUCGGGCAGGAAGCUCUGUAGUCACAGCAGUUCCCCCAAAUGAUUACAGCUCUCAGCAGUCUGAACAGGAGAGAUUAAUGGCAGCAAAGGAGUAUUGGAAAUCUUUUGUUCCUGUGGUAGUAACUUGUGCUACUACUUCCCAAAAGACUGGAGAUUUAAUAUAUUCUGAUUUUCAAAUAUCCAAAGAUAGACACAUCUGUGCAAACACAUAUCAGGCUGCAGAUAGCAUUCCUCAGAGAUUUGUGAAAUCGGGUAGACAGCACAAACAAUCACAUGACAGUUGUUCAAACCUCACUGAAAGAAAAGGCAGUCACUUAGAAAUUAGAGACUCUGACAUUUCUGAUCUGGUUGGUAGUACAAAGCAGAUCAGCAUACACCUAAGGUCUAUGGAACAAGGUGUUGAAUCGGAUCACAGAAACGGUCACCAUGAACAUCUAAAUCGAUAUCUGGAGAUGUUUUUCCCCCAAAAUCAAGGAUCAAAACCAAAAAGAGAAUUAAGUGACUGUUCAGAUCUCACGGUGUCGACUGAUACUGAGUUUCGUAGUAUAAUGACUUCAAGUCAGAUAGCUGUUCUCGCACAGGAUCACUUGAAGAACCAGAAUGUGAUGCAGAAAAGAACUCUAGAACUAUUGGAGACAGAAACACGGAGUAAGCGAGAAGAAAGGCAAUGUGAUGACUACCAAUUGGAAUCUGAUGCUGGAAGAUGUCUCGGUUUGGCUGAAAAUGAGUGUAAGCAAGAGUAUACAAAUUCUCCAGAACUCUUCAGUUCUGAGUGUGAUAAGAAAAACAUUGGCUUUGAAUAUACAAGAAGAGAAGGAAGCGCUAAUGAAAAUGCAGGGGAGUCUCAUGAAUGUAAUGUUCCUGCUGGGCGGUUCAUAAAUGAAAUCCAUAUUGAACCAUUGAGCUCGGGAAUACUGUGCUCUCAAGUAGAGAGCUCUCAUAAGAGCUCUUAUAAAAGAGCUCGCAAGUCUGAAGAUCUUUUUCAUAUUUUUAACACAACAUUUAAAAGGCAGCUUAAAUCAAAGAGGGCUAAAUUGAAUUCUUCUCCAUCCAGUCCUGGAAUGACAGCGGAUCAAGAGAGGACGGAGUUCAAGCCUCAAGGGAAACUGCUAUCGCCACUGAAGGACUGCUGCUGCAAAAAUCAAAAGUACAAUGUUUUGGUCACAGUAGUACAUCCAUGUCUUAUCAAAGAAAUACAGGUGAAGUCCAGACCAAAAUCUUCGUGUAAAGUUCCUGUAGCAACAAUUGUAGUUAUUGACCAGUCAGAAACUAAGAGAAAGGUGGUGCUGUGGCGUGGCGCUGCGUUUUGGUCACUCACUGUGUUUCCUGGAGAUAUCGUAUUACUAACAGAUAUCAUGAUGUAUGAGAAUCAUUGGUAUGGAGAAAUAAUGCUGCAGUCUGCAUGUACCAGUCAGUUACUGAAUCUGGGCAACUACUCAGUUCUCAAUCCAGAAGAAUUUUAUCCCGUAGUGAAUGGUGAUGUUCUCCGUGGCUUAUUGGCGUAUGUAUCAUCAGAAUUUCCUCACUUUGGAGACAUUCCACGAAGGCAAGUUCAGAGACUGGAUAGUGUUCAGUAUGUUCAGCUUGACCAGCUUCAGCCAAACACAUUGGUUCACUCAGUCUUAAAAAUCAUCAGCAUUGCCAUAUUAACAGAAUCUGUGUAUAGCUACAGAGGGGGCUACCAGAGAAAAAUUAUUCUGACCGUAGAACAGAACAGAGAUCAACACUACAGGAUGGUGCUGUGGGGAGCAGGGGCUGCCUGGUGCCCUCAACUUCAGAGGAGAAAAGGUCAUCUGUGGGACUUUAAAUACCUUCUGGUCCAACACAGUUCUGUCUCAGGUGACUUUGAACUGCACACAACUCCAUGGUCAUCCUGUGAGUGUUUGUUUGACGAUGACAAAAGAGCAAUUGAAUUUAAAGAAAAGUUUCAGAGAAGCAAAGAAUCCCUUAUGAAAAUGACAAAUCUCUCAGCACAUUUGGAGGAAAAAUACUCAGGAGUGAUUCAAGUGAAAGCCCAUGUCUUAGAGCUGAAGUUUACUAUUUCAGCUGGUCAGUACAGGCAACUCGUCUUCUGCGCUGACACUUCGCUGGAGCGUGUUCUGGCUUCUCUGCCUAUAAUUACAUAUUCGGGUUGUGCCAAAUGUGGCUUGGAACUUCAGGCAGAUGAAAACAUGAUCUACAAGCAAUGUUUUAGAUGUUUGCCAUAUAACAAAGUAAAAACAUUCUACAGACCUGCUUUGAUGACAGUGGAAGAUGGAGGAUAUGAAAUUUAUGUACAUGUGGUGUCUGAGCUGAUGGAAAAAAUCUUCCUCAAUAUUCCUGCAGACUGGCUGAACAGAUCAGUAGUGCCCUUCUCAGAUAUGACCUACGGCACAAUAGUAGCAGAUCUGUGUCAUUCACUGCUAGCAGAUAUGGAAGCUUCCUAUUUGUUGGAAAUUAGAAGCCAUUUUGUGCUAGAUGAAAACAGCUAUCCUUUGCAAAAGGAUUUCCAUCUGCUAAAUUUUCAUCCUGAUCUUUGAAGCAUCAACUUCUGCAAUAAUUGAAUAAGAGACUGUAAGACAUGCAAGGUUUGCAAAGAGAAGAAAAAUGAAUUAGCUGAAAGAAGCAAAUAUUUUUAAAUAAAAAUCAUCACAAAAGAACGGGUAUGGAAUAUCUGCUGAUUGUAUGUACUAUUGCUGUAAAAAUUUGUAAAUUUUUGUAAAAAUUGAAAUUGUCAUAAAAUAUAUUCUUAUGCACGUAUUUUUUAAUCUUAAUAAACUCUUGCUGAUAUUGCAAUUUUCUUCUCUCUUGAAAAUUUUCUAGUCUUGAGACUGUUUUUUAUAUGGCAGAUUGAGGAAGACAAUCUCAGUUUAGUAGCACAAUUUUAGUCACAGACAAGAUAAAAGAAAAAAAACUUGUAGCUUGGUGAUGUUGUUGUGCUUGCUCUCCUAUUAUGGUUCUCUUUUAACAGCAAUAUUUCGACUCUUCUGCCUCAGCACUUUUGCUGCUAUUUUCUCUUAAAACAUCUGUCUGAGAAUCUAAUCCUGUGUAUUAAAAGUUGUUGCAGUAAUUUCAGAGGUUGUAAAUAAUUUUAAAUGGUGCAUUCUUUUUAAUAAUUCUUUUGAGUAAUAACACUUAAUGCAUUCAGCUAUAUGGUAGCAAAUAAAUACAUAUAAUCACGUUAA